CUUGCCAAAGCCCCAAAGCUUCCUAGAACCCUCUCUCCCUCCAUUUAGGCUAGUGCAGCCCUGAGUCUGGCCCUCCUCCCCCACCCCGCGCCUGCAUCCUCCCUCAGCUCCCUGGACUGCAGCUUCGAGAUGCCCGCAGCGGGGUCCUGACCGUGCCGGAGGACGACCAGGCUGCUGGGCGCUCUCGCUACGGCGCAGGCUCCGCGGCUUGGAGCAGGCGCGUCAGCCGUAGCUGGGCUCGGGCCAUUAGGGGGAGAACUGCCCCCUUGGCUAGGCUCGCAGCCCAGCGCGGACCCCGGGCUGCUGCCACCUCGGCCACCAACGCGUGCCCGGCCCCCAAGCUUGCUUGCUCCGCGCUUUCCGCUCGGUGGGCUGGCUUCGGCUAGGGGCGCCUUGAGGAUUGUUCUGGACUUUAUUCAAGAUGAAGUUCUUUUGGGGGAUUCUCUUUCUUAUCUUAUUCUCCUUAUGGGUCGAAGAAGCCUAUUCUAAAGAGAAGUCUUCCAAGAAAGGGAAGGGGAAAAAGAAGCAGUAUCUGUGCCCAUCGCAGCAGUCUCCUGAAGACCUUGCCAGAGUACCUGCCAAUUCAACAAGUAAUAUCUUGAAUAGACUAUUAGUCAGUUAUGAUCCCAGGAUUAGACCAAAUUUCAAAGGUAUUCCAGUUGAUGUGGUGGUCAAUAUUUUUAUUAACAGCUUUGGCUCUAUACAAGAAACAACAAUGGACUAUAGGGUUAACAUCUUCCUGAGACAAAAAUGGAAUGAUCCUCGGCUGAAGCUUCCUAAUGAUUUUAGGGGCUCAGAUGCACUGACAGUGGAUCCCACCAUGUUCAAGUGUCUAUGGAAACCUGACCUAUUUUUUGCCAAUGAAAAGAGUGCCAAUUUUCAUGAUGUUACACAGGAAAAUAUCCUCCUCUUUAUCUUUCGAGAUGGAGAUGUCUUAGUUAGUAUGAGAUUAUCUAUUACUCUUUCCUGCCCUUUGGACUUGACCUUAUUUCCUAUGGAUACACAGCGUUGCAAGAUGCAAUUGGAAAGCUUUGGUUAUACAACGGAUGAUUUGCGGUUUAUCUGGCAGUCAGGGGAUCCUGUCCAGUUAGAGAAGAUAGCUUUGCCACAGUUUGAUAUUAAAAAGGAAGACAUUGAAUAUGGUAACUGUACCAAAUACUAUAAAGGCACUGGCUAUUACACAUGUGUGGAAGUAAUCUUUACACUGAGAAGACAAGUGGGAUUUUACAUGAUGGGCGUCUAUGCCCCUACUCUGCUCAUUGUGGUCCUGUCCUGGCUAUCAUUUUGGAUCAAUCCUGAUGCAAGUGCUGCAAGAGUGCCAUUGGGUAUCUUUUCAGUCCUCAGUUUGGCAUCUGAAUGUACCACACUUGCUGCAGAACUUCCUAAAGUAUCCUAUGUGAAGGCCCUUGAUGUCUGGCUAAUUGCUUGCCUUCUCUUUGGGUUUGCAUCACUGGUAGAGUAUGCUGUGGUUCAGGUGAUGUUAAACAAUCCCAAACGAAUUGAAGCAGAGAAAGCCAGGAUUGCCAAGGCAGAACAAGCAGAAGGGAAAGGUGGAAAUGCAGCUAAGAAGAACACAGUCAAUGGUACAGGGACUCCUGUUCACAUCAGCACUUUACAGGUUGGUGAGACCAGAUGCAAAAAAGUCUGUACUUCCAAAUCUGACCUGAGAUCGAACGACUUCAGCAUUGUUGGUAGCUUACCUAGAGAUUUUGAGUUGUCCAACUAUGACUGUUAUGGAAAACCCAUUGAAGUCAAUAAUGGCUUGGGGAAAUCCCAGGCAAAGAACAACAAGAAGCCACCCCCUGCCAAACCAGUUAUUCCAACAGCAGCAAAGAGAAUUGAUCUUUAUGCGAGAGCGUUGUUUCCUUUCUGUUUCUUGUUUUUCAAUGUUAUAUAUUGGUCAAUAUAUUUAUGAUGUAUUUUUGUCCAUUUGUGUAAAAUAUAAGCCCAUUUCAUCAUUUCUCUUCUCAAUCACAAAGACCAGUCUGUGAAGUCAUUUGCAUUUUGAAGCAAUAUAUUGCAUUUUGAUGCCACAUGAUUGUAAUGAAAAUAUGGCAUCUUAAUUUUGAAUGAAAGCAUGACAAUGUAAUGUCUGUGCUCUGACCAGUUAAUGUGUAUAUAUGUACAGCAUAAAUCCUGCUCUAGGAAUAUGUGAAAAAUAACUCAAAUUCAAAUAACUAUUCUUUCUAUAAACAUGCAAAUAUUUCAGGUUAUCUGAACAAUUAGAAACUCAUGUGCACGCUCUCUGAUUAUUGUCAGUAUUCUAGUAUAUAUAGUAUUUCAAUUCUCCUUCCUUGUAACUUUCAGAUAAAGCCAUUUUGUUCUCAUAUAAUUUUCCAUGGUACUAUUGAAAAGCAAGCUAAGUUGUAAUUCAGUUCAUUUAACUUCAUAAGUGGGAAAAAAACCUAUCAGUGGUUCCAAUCUGCACUCUGUAUGGGAAAAAAAGGUCAGAUAAUUGCUAAUUGCUAAUUUUGUAAAGAGAUCUCAUUUAAAAGGUGCCAUAACAUAUACAGAAGCUUGGAGGAGUGUGGGAGUGUGUGAAAAUGUAUUAAGCCCUGUUUUUUGGUGAAUUGAGAAAGAACAAAUCAGCUGAAAAUGACAAAGUACCCCAGGUACUAAAAUCUCAUUGAGUUGAUUUUUUAAAAUGGAUAGCACAUUAUUGUUGAAUAGUAUUGAAAUUGAAGUGAUAUUGAGGGCACAACACCAUAGUGCCUUCAAGAAGAAAUAGUAAUGUUUUCUUUUGAAUAUAGAGACAAUAUAUGGAUGAUUCCUCUAGGAAGCAAAAAUGUCCCAUAGAUAAAAAUACUUUGGUUUAUAAAAAAGGCAUGUAAUUAUGAAAGGAUAUUAUUAGUUUUUUAAAAUAGUUUUUAAAUGAUUAUGUAUAUGACUUACAUGGAAUUGUUGUGCAGACAUAUGUUUAAUCACAUUUAUAAAUUUUGAGUGAAUUAUUUUUUGCUUCUCCAUUCACCUUUUUUUCAUUAUUUUGUGAACCAUUUAGUCACUAUUACACCAUUAGUAUUUUCCUACUCAGUUUACCCAAAGGGUAAAAAAGAAUAUUAGAACUUUGGUGCUCUGUUAAUGAAAUACUUUUUCUCUUCACCUUAUUCUCCAGUUAAUUUUUACCAAAUUUAACACUUCCAACCUAAAAAGUGACUUCAAAUUUGAUGAUUUAUCUGCAUCUUAUUUGGUAUUGUUUCCAAAUGUCUUUAUAUUUUGUCUUAGAAUUCUAGUAUUGAAAUUCAAAGAUAUUGGUAAUUCAUAUUGGAUAAAUGUUAACAAAAAUCCCCAUAAAACUAAACUCUAUACUAAUUUAAGUGCUUCCUUUGCACAUGUCAAUUUAAGUGAAUUCUGCCACUGUGUAUUUCUUCUGAUUGCUAUAUUUGACUCAUUGGUAUUGUCUGAUGAACUUUUAAAAUACUCCUCGGAAGUCAUUAAAUUUUUCUAAACUUGAAAUACACUAAGCACAUGGUAGCCUAUCGGCAUCCAUUAGCAGCAAAAUUAUUUCCAUGCUGGAACAAUCUACUAUGCUCUGGCUAUAUAUGACUGGCAAAGUACACAAAGGAUUAGAUGAAAUCAGGUCACUUAAAUAACAAAAAAAUGUAAGCAAAUAUGUUAAUAGACUUAAACAAUUGGUUAAAGAAGAAACAAACACAAAAUAGCCAUUUCUUUCUUUAAAGCCCUAAUGAGUAUGACCAAUCUGCAUGAUGGGUUAUAUACAAAAUUAUCUCAAUUUCCUUUUAAAAUCAUUUUAUCCUUUUAGAACUUACUUGUGCAUUCAUAGUGCUGUUAAAUUCCAUUUAUAUUGAAUGUUUUUGAUUAUGUCAAGUGAAAGAAAUUAGGCCUUAAAAUGGAAAAUGUACUACAAGGCAGGUUUUUCUCAUUCCAUGGGAUCUCUUCUCUGUAGUAAUCUGUGUAAAUUAAUUUCUUUUCUGCUAUGUAACAAUAUUAUUGUGAAAUAUUUUGCAAAAUAAAAAAAUCCUAAUAAUC